UACAUAUUUCCUUUACAUGUAACGAGCUGCCCAAACACUGAAUAUUAAUAUACAAAUUAAGAGUUCAUUUGCAGAAACAGAUAACUCAAAAAUCAUGUUGCAAACUACAUUCGAAUUGUUUUAUUUAAACAAGGCCUCAACAAAACAGAAAAAACACGGUGACGCUAAGAAACGACGUGUUUUGAAGUUGCGCUACACAUAUAAACAGACGAGAAAGCGCAGCACGAACCGCGAAAGAGCAGAUACACAGCGAAAACGCUAACCUUCCACCCAUUUUAAACCGAUACUAACCAAAACCUUUCUCUAAACCUCGCGUGUUUCGGCGUACUGCGGUGGAACACAGUCUCUCAUGGCUCUGUCCGUAACAGGGACGAGCUUGAGCAGGAAGUGUAGCUCAAACAAACUGCGCAUGUUCACGCAAAGCCUCUCGCUAUGUAAGGAUGACACCGAGCGCGAUCUAAACGCUUGACUGUAAAUCCCAAACAUAAACCAGGCCUGUGAUGCUCCUCAGUGUUGAAGGAGCGCGAGGGCUAUGGCAGAGACAGAAGUCACUGUGUCCGUGGAGGACAUGGUGGUGGUGAAGAGCGCCGAGGAAGAGGAUGCGGAUCCAGACAGCCAAAGCAAGAAUCAGAUGAUCCUGCAGCUGCAGCCCAUCACGGCUGGGCUCGGGGAGGAGAGCAGCGAGACAGAUGCUGCAGUAGUUGCCGUGGAGACACAAGAUGAGGUGUCUGCCGAAGUAGAGGAUUUGGAGCUCGGUUAUCCCAUUACAUGCGGCGAGAGUAAAGCCAUCCUUCUAUUCAAGAAGUUUGUCUGCCCAGGAAUCAAUGUCAAAUGUGUGAAGUAUGAGGAUCAGUUGAUUAGUCCGAAGCAGUUUGUGCACUUGUCGGGUAAAGCCACCUUGAAGGACUGGAAGCGAGCGAUCCGGAUGGGAGGGGUUAUGCUCAGGAAGAUGAUGGACUCGGGUCAGCUGGAUUUCUAUCAGCACAGCACGCUCUGCACAAACACCUGCCGCAGCACCAAGUUUGACCUGCUGAUCAACAACACGCGCUUCCCACCGGACGGCAGUGGGCUCAGCACUCCCACCACAGCUCAGGGGCACGUUUCUGUGGGUAACGGAGGUCAGACAGCCACAGCGGAGGAGAAGAAAGAAGACAUGCUCGGCACGGUGGAGUGGAGCACAGCCACUUUAGAAACCACGGAGAAAAGAGACUGGCCUGAGAUCUCAGACGAGACGCUGAGCUUCUGGAGGGGAAUCGCUGAGGUGGGGCUGAUGGGGGAGGUGGUGUCUAAUAUCCGCUCGGAGCUGCUGAGUCUGCUGAGAGGAGUUCAGCUCCGCACGGAUCAGAGUUCUCUACAGGACGCAGAGAUUGCUGUUCUGAGUAACCUGGCGCAAGUCUUUGACCUGCUGGACUCCAUCAAACAGAUUCUGAAUGUUCGACGGCAAAUGACGGACCCGGAUCAGACGCAGGUCCUCAGAGUACUGACAACGUUGGAGCAGCAGGUGGAGGAGCAGAAGCGGCAGCAGUCUCUCAGCUGGCUGUCUCAAUCCCAGGCCCUCAGCAGUCUGGUUCUCCCCUCCACGCCUCCAUCCAAACGCGCUCCCAAACGCCCCCGCCUCCAGCGGCCCGCCUCCACCACCGUGCUGGGCACGUCUGUCGCCCAGCCGCUCACCCUCCAGCCCCAGCAGUUCACCGUGCUCUCCCCCAUCACCCUCUCCUCCAUCGGCCAGUCGUUCGCGGUGGCCGGCCUCAACCAGGCCUCCAACACGGUCACCCUUCACGCCCUCCCCGCCGGCUCGCAGCUCUUCACCAGAAUCGCCGCGGGCUCGGACGGGAAAACCGAAGCCAUCGCGCUCCACCCGGCCUCCGGGCUCACGCUGCUGGGCGCCACAGCCGUGCCGGACCACGGGCAGCUCGUGAGCCCCGUCGAGCUCGUCCAGUUCGCGCAGAAGACCGCCUCCGGCAUGGCCCAGGAGGGUCAGGUGGUGGCAGGCACGGUGGUGAUGCAAGAGAGCGUGGUCAGCGUCGUGCAGGAGGACGAGAACCAGGAGAGCGCCACCCUGAUCGAGAUAGACCCGGCCGCAGCCGAGCACAGCGUGAGCGUCAUGGAGCUGCAGCUGGAGGGCGAGGAAGCCGAGAGCGGAGCGACUGUGGUGGAAGGAGGCGAGGAGGUGGUGCAAGGCGAGACGGAGGAGGAGAUACAGCUGGAUGCCAACGCUCAGUUUCACAAUUUGCCCGUUGUAGUGGUGGAGGAAGAGACGCAAGGCACCGGCAAAGCCAAAUGACACACCGACACGCUCACACAAACCGCCCUCAGAGACUGACGGAGCGAAUCAGACAGGGACGGGGAUUGUGUCGCCCCAGGUGGAGUUUGUGUUUGCCCUUCCAGCUGUCUCUUUCUUUCCUUUUUUUUUUUUUUUAGUACUCUCUUCCUGCACAGCCAAGCUCGGCUCUUCAAGCCUGACGUAUCACGUAUUUGUAAACGCAGUAUUCCUUUGUUUCAUUUUUUUUUUUUUUUUUUACCUGCGAGAAGCAACAGUUCGUGGUGUUUCGUUGGAACACAUUCAGUAUUUUGCUUUUGUUUUUUUUCCAGUGUGGAAGUUUAGACCAGGCACUUACUUUUCAGUUUCCCUUUGUUUCGGUGCCAAAAUGUCAUGUUGUAGUCGGACCGUCUGCUCCGAUCUGAAGUUGAAGACUCAAGUGAUAACUAAGACACUCCUGUAAUGAGAAUUGACUCUGUCUGUGGUCUCUUUGUACUUUGACAUCAGGGUAUAAAUGGCACUAAUGUCGGCGAUGUUUCAGCACAGUGGUUUUUAACUCCAGACCUGGAGACCCGCAGCACUUCAGUUCGAUGCAGCGCUCCUCUAGUGAUAUUACGUGUACAUAAAGGAGGUAAAAGUGCUUGGGAUAUCCGGAUCAGAGUUGCGAUCCACACCGUUAGCACACGUAACGAAAGAUGUGUUAUGAAUGUUUGUGAAUGGAUCCUGUGCGUCCUUCACUGAAAAUAAAAUGGAUCUUCCUCCCCCUCCUCCUCGAGUUAUAUAUUGUAAAUGAUGGUAGAUCGCGGGAUUGUGCAUUGCAAAGUCUGUUACAGUUACAGUUUUCGUUUCGGAAAGAAAUUGCUAAUCGAUACUUGAUCUGGAGGUUUAUAAAUACGCUGUUGUUAAUUUCGCGAAACAAGUUAAUUUAUUCCGUUUGAGAAAUCGUUCAUGCGACAUUUAUAAUUCUGUAACGAUUUACUCACCCUCGUGUCGUUCUGAACUCACGGACCUGCUGUGGACCACGAAUGGAGAUGUUUGGCAGAAUGUUCACACGAACACAGUUCACUCAAAACAUUAUUUUGCUGCUUGUCUGAAUGAAUUAAAAUGAGCUAAUGCAUUAA